AUGCAGGAAUUACUGAGUUACCUCCACUUCAUCUAUGAUACUUGGUUGCAACUUGUCGGAGGCAAUGAAAGUGAAUUGGAGAAGAUCGACUGGAUUACCGUCGAAGCUGUUCAGCUUAGGUGUCCGAAAUAUUCUGCGUCAGAUGAGCGAGCGCUCCGUGGCAUCAUUCUCAGAGGCGACAUCUUUGGUAAUUUCGGGCGUGCCGAGCGGCUAGCAGCAUUUGCGAAGGUGUGCUCGUUCGAUUUCCCGAUUCCAUCUCUGUCAACUUUUUUCAAAGAUUUCGGAUAUCUCGAACGGUGCGGCAAUAGUAUGAAGCAUCUAGUCCCUAUGAAGAGAAGGGGCCCGACCGUUCGGAGGAUGCUCCUUCAGAGCUUCAACCCACCGGCCUUGCCAGCACAGUCAGAAAGCCCGCUCAUGGAUGAAUUCGAUAAUCUUGAGGCGCAGUUUCAACUUGCCAUGAGGCGACUUUGGCUGUUCGCGAUGAGGGAAUUCCACUCCAUUCGCACUGACCCUAGCCUUUUGCCAAGAUUUGCAAGUCUAGCUGUUGAACUGGGCUUUGACAAUGAUGAAAUUCGUUCUCUCAAAGAGCUUUCUCCUCAUCGGGAGAUAGCAAGGCAGGCAAUGGCACUAGUCCGGUCUUCGCAGGAUCAGGAUUACAACUCCGUUGCAGACGAGGCUAUCAUUGGUCAAAUUGCUCAAGCAUUUUCCGGACACCAACAUGGGCCAAAAAGACAAACCUACAGUGCUUUUACCACCAAUGCAACCACAGCGAAGAUGGACGUGCGCCCAUGGCUUGAUUCCAAAGCGUAUUUGAUGGACCGCCCGAAUCUUGUCGUUGAGAUCCUCGACCAACAGCCACUCGUUAAAAAAAAGGAAGUCACGAGUUUAUUUCUUCUACGGUCGAUCUACAAAGCCAUUUUCCACGAAGACUUCCAUGAAGAAGGUGGAAGCAGUGGAAGAGUAGAGCCAAGCCACAAUCAAGAUCAUCAAUAUGUCCGGAAUCACCGGACAAAAGAGUUACAGGACCAUGCGGCCACACGGCAGGCAGAUGCAGCAGUCAAUCUCGAUUCCACGGAGAUAAGAACGCGACGGGUUAGACUGCAGAUCACUCAAGCGGGAACUUUUCGCGACGAGCGCUAUGUAGAUAUACAUCUUGACGAUGAAAAUGGGCCGAAUCGAAUCGGAAGCAUCAUUCAACAGUUAAUGGUAGAGUACCGGGUACUACCUUUCUCCCCGAUAGGCUCCCCGCUGUUGUCGGAAGAAUGCUAUGGAGAAAUUGUGCAAAAAGGCCACGACUGCCUGUACCUGACAGAUGACAGGCGGGGAAAAAUUCUGGUUCAGGAAUCUUGA